UCCGAUAAACAGUCUGCAACUAGGUGAAAUUGAUGUAGAUCGGAGCUUAUUCGCCGGGAAAAACAGGAGAAUAGUAACUUCAAUCGAGAUAAGAACAUAUAAAUUUCAUGAUUCGUGUUUCCAAUUCUCUUAUUCGAUCUUAAAAUUGAAGAAUCUGUUCUGAAAUCUGAAUGUUGAAAGAAAAUGCAGGAGAUUUCAUGGAGAGAUGAUCGGUAAAGUGAAACCACCGGAGAACGGCAGAUAUCAACCGGCCAUUUCGAGAAUCGCCGGCAACAGAAGUCGGAAAAGUUAAAAGAUCUGUUUACGAUGUGGAAUCAACAACCGUUUCUGAAAAGCGACGUUGAGUCGGGGUCAGGAGAGCCGCUGUACCCGAUGAUGUUGGAGUCGACGGAGCUACGGUGGUCGUUUAUUCGGAAGAUAUACUCAAUCGUCGCCAUACAAUUACUCCUCACCGCCGUUGUCGGUGCCAUCGUCGUUUCGUAUCAUCCUAUCGUCAAUUUUUUAACCACCACUAAUGUUGGAUUCGCUUGUUACAUUCUUCUGAUCAUUGCUCCUUUCAUCACUCUGUGCCCGUUGUCUUACUAUUAUCAGCGUCAUCCCGUCAACUACUUGCUUCUUGGAAUCUUCACCAUCACUCUUGCUUCCGCAGUUGGUUUGACAUGUGCAUUCACUAGCGGGAAAGUCAUUUUGGAAGCAGUUAUUUUGACGGCUACGGUGGUUGUGAGUCUCACUCUGUUUACAUUUUGGGCUGCAAAGAGAGGUUACGACUUCAAUUUCUUGGGGCCCUUUUUGUUCGGUGCGGUUAUGGUGCUUGUUGUCUUUUCGUUCAUUCAGAUUUUCUUUCCUCUGGGCAAGAUUUCAGUGAUGGUUUACGGGGGUUUAUCAGCCAUCGUCUUUUGUGGCUACAUUGUCUACGACACCGACAAUCUAAUCAAACGAUACACCUACGACGAGUAUAUCUGGGCUGCUGUGGCUCUAUACCUCGAUAUCAUCAAUCUUUUCAUUUCGUUGCUUACCAUUUUAAGAGCUGCCGACAGUUAGAACGAUCAUCACCUUCACCAUCGUAUCAUACCUCAUAGGUAUUAAUUAUUUUUAAGAGUUUGGUGCAUCUUUGAAUAGAUUCCAUCCUUGGCAGCAAACAUUUAUCACAAAUUGUUAUUUGUUACAAAAUUGUUUUUGAGACAAGAUAGAUUAAGUUUAAUAUUGUUGCUGUUAAAAACCCAAAAUUAUGUGUAAUGAAAUAAAGACAGGGUUAUGUAA